GGAGUCGUCAAUUAGGGUUAGGUAGUAGAUGCAGGUUCACUAUCAUCAUAGCCCAUCUAAAAGCGCACGGCACCGCAUCCCAAAGGUCGCUCUGCACCACAACGCGCUUCUGACGAGCAGGGUCUUCCAUCCUGAGUCCACCAACUGCCAGUUCAGUUGAGCAAACUCUGCAGAGGAGCGUCGGAAAUCGGAGUGGAUUUAGUUGGUUUUCUAUUAUUUAAACACCUGACUAAAUUCCACUAUUUGGAGAAAAACUCGGACAUCAUCCAACAUCAAUUCAGUUGGAUUUAAAGUUAUGGCACUAUCAGUGCUGCGCAGCAGUUUGCUUUUGCUAUGUGUGACAACUAUCCAAACUUGUCAUGGUGGCGGACAGAACUGCAUGGACAAACACCAGUUGGUUGGUGUUCUCCGUCAGAUGGAGAAGUUUCUGAAGGGACAGGAGAUGAGAUUCACAGAGGGACUACGCAUCAUGAAGUCCAAACUGGCAACCCUACAGAACUCUGUGUCCAAGCUACCGCAGGCCGAUCAGUCGGCUGCUCCGUCCGUUUGCCCCUCCCUGGAAGCCCCUGUCCACGGGAGGAAGUUUGGCUCCAACUAUUUCAUCGGUCAUGAGGUCCAUUUUACCUGUUCCCAUGGUUACCACCUGGUGGGCCCCGAGACACGUGUGUGUCAGGAGAACGGGAGUUGGAGCGGUGUCAACACCAUCUGUAAAGAUGUGAGUGUGUGCUCCAGUAACCCAUGCCAGAACGGAGGGACCUGUGUAGAGGGAGUAAACCAGUACAGGUGCACCUGUUCACAGAGCUGGAAUGGAUCCAACUGUCAGCACCAGACACAGACAGCUCCACCCGAGUGGAGCGUCAUGAAUGACCCGGCGUUCAGCAGACGUCCCCGCUGUGCCAAAGUGGACCGCGCCCAACACUGCAGCUGUGAUGCUGGCUUUCACAUGAGUGGGACAUCUGACAACAGCAUCUGCCAGGAUGUAAAUGAGUGUGAGGUGUACCGGCUGGACCAGGGGGGCAAGCUGUGUGUGUACGAGUGUGUCAACAUACCAGGCUCCUACCACUGCUCCUGCCCCAGCCACUAUAAGCUGCUGCCUGAUGGUAGGAGCUGUGAGGAUGUGGAUGAGUGUCUGACCCAGCAGCACAACUGCAGUAGAGGAACAACAUGUAUCAACACUGGAGGAGGGUUCCAGUGUGUGAGCCCAGAGUGUCCCCGAUCACACGGCAACAUCAGCUACGUCAAGACGUCUCCCUUUCAGUGUGAGAGGAACCCCUGCCCUGUGGAGAGUCGUUCCUGUCACCUGGCUCCUAAGACGGUCUCCUUCCACUACCUCUCCCUCCCCUCCAACCUCCAGACCCCGGCAACCCUGUUCCGCAUGGCAACCGCAGCCGCCCCCGGCCGCCCCGGCCCCGAUAGCCUGAGAUUCGGCAUUGUCGGGGGCAACAGCCGCGGGAUGUUUGUGAUGCAAAGGUCGGACCGCCAGACGGGUGAACUGAUCCUAGUUCAGAGGUUAAGAGGACCACAGGAUAUCAGUGUUGAUGUGGACAUGUCAGAGUAUAGUGAUCGCACCUUCCAGGCUAAGCAUGUGGCGAAGGUGCAUAUUCUGGUAUCAGCGUAUAACUUCUGAGGAGGAUGGACGGACAGAGGAACGAGUGAAAGGGACAGAGGGAGGAAGGGAGAAGAGGAACGAAGAAGGAGGAGAGGGAGAAGAAUGGAGAAAAGGAGG